CUAAGAAUCACUUUUCUCGAAAUUGCUUUUGCAAAUGGUUUUUGUCUUACACUCACAGAAACCAUUUUGCUGCAACAAAGCACGUAUAGUCAACCUUAACACAGAGACCUUUAUCCGCACUUUCCCUCUUUGUUUGCUCUUGUGCAGCGAAACAAAUAACACAAUUGCGGCAACAGACAUCUUUGCCAACUACGUUGACAUGGAGUCAAGAGCUGAAAAUGGAACCGACGCGGUACAGAAUUCGGCAGCUGACGGAGCGGGACUGAGUUCAAGUCAGAUUAUCGGGGUUAUAGCGGGGCUAGCAGGUAUCCUGGGCAAUGGUCUGGUCUGCUUCGUAAUGCUCAGGUAUCGUUCAGCAUUCAAUUCGAUCACCAAUAAGCUGACGUUUCACCAGUCCGUCAUAGAUUUCUCACUCUCAGUCGUGAUGGUGGCUACUCGACUCUAUACCCCAUGGACCGAGUUGUACUGCCGCUUUUUCCGCGGGUGGCUGUAUUGGGGCUUCGCAAAUGUCUCCACCUAUAGCCUGGUGCUCAUCUGCUUUGACCGUUACGUGGGGGUAUGUCAUGCUGCCAAGUACCGCCAGUUGUUCUCCGUCAAGCGCGUUAAGAUCAGCAUGUUCUUUGUAUGGCUGCUCCCGUCUAUUUUUCAGCUUAACAUGCUCCUCUUCCAUGUAAAUGAUGGAGCAUCCUGCGUGGCUAUCUGGCCUGAAGGCUACUCUAACGCCAGAAAAGGCUUCGGAAUUGCUGCAUUUACAUGGGAGUACUUUAUUCCUUUCUUGCUGAUUGUCAUCACUUACAGCCAGACAAUUCUGGCUCUUCGCAAGCGGCUUCGGGCGAAGGCGCAGCAUGUGGCUACCGCACCGUCGACCAGUCAUCAUAACACCGCCAACACCACAGCGAAUAAGGAUCCUCUUUACACUGCAAAGGUGAAGCUAACUGUAACCUUCCUAGUCGUAGCUAUCUUCUUCGUCAUCUGUUGGGGACCCACUUCGGUCACCUGGUUCUUGUUCAACUUCGAGCUCUUGCCUGGGUCUUACUAUUCAACCCUGUGGCACCUUGGGCUGGAGACGCCUCUCCUGUGUCUCAAUUCCUGCGUGAAUCCCGUCAUCUAUUUCGUGAUGUACACCCACUUCCGUCAGCAUCUGAUCAAGGCUGUCUGCGGGAGGUGCAAGUCCAAUAGAGUUGGAGAUGGAUCUCUUGAGAAUGUAUCCAAAAGAAACCCACGCCUCCUUCUAGAAGCAUCAGCCAAGACAGAAGGUAGAGGGCAGACAAAGCCUAUUCCGAUAAAUGUUUAAACGAACUCAAAUAGCAAAUAUAUUUACACAUAUAUGUUUGUGUCCAUCCCAGAAAGCUUAAAGUGCACUUAUACGGUCUGAUAGACCUAUCUCUAAAGUUCCAAAAAAUGUUCUCAAAAUAACCCUCGUCAUAAUACGUCGGUUAGUUUAUUCCACAGGACAGACCCUAUUUUCCUGGGGAAAAAAUCCGGAUCCAGCAUCGGAUCCCUCUUUCUAAACUAUGUCUGAAUGUUAAAAAAAA